AUGUUGUGCUGUGUAUCAAGAAAAUUGGUCAAUCGACCAGAAUUUAAAAAUUCUCCUUCAGUACCUGCAUCUCGUAGUGUAUCAUUAACAAACACAUUAUUAUCAAAAACUAAUAAAUCAUCAUCUCAAUUUAAAUUAUCAUUUAUCCAUGACAAUGAUGAUGAUGAUGAUGAUAAUAAUGCUUAUUAUCAAUCGGAGACUAAAGAUGAACCAGCAGCAUUAUUACCGUGUUCAAUAUGUGGACGAACAUUCAAGCUUCAAUCAUUGGAAAAACAUACAAUUAUUUGUGAAAAAACAGUAACAAAAAAACGUAAACCAUUUGAUUCAUCAAAACAAAGAAUACGUGGUACUGAAUUGGAAGAAUUUUUACCAAAAGAAUCAACAAAAAAACGAAUGAAUGAUGAUAAAUAUGAAAGAGAUUUACACAAUAUUUUAUUAUUUUUGAUAGAUAAACAUUAUUUUAUUUUUUUCAUUAAUAAUAAUGAUACAAAAAUUAAUCGUCAAACUGUAUCAUCAACAACAUCUGGACCUCCAACUCGUGCCAACGACAAAGGCACAUGUCCAACGUGUAAUCGUCAAUUUGGAAUAAAAGCAUAUGAUCGUCAUGUUGCAUGGUGUAAAGACAGAGUAACACAUGUACCAUCAAAUGCCAUGACUAAUGUUGCUAAAGAAAGACUUGAUGCAAGAAUGAAAUAUCGUGCACCAGUAUUAAAAAAUCGUCGUAUGACUAAUCGUGAAAAAUAUGCACCAAGUUCAUCAACAACAACAACAACAACAACAACAACAACAACAAUAAUGAACAACAACAACAACAACAACAACAAUAAAAAUUUAUCAUCACCAGGAAGUAUUAAGCCAAAAGAAAGUAUCUCAUUACCCAACAGCUGUAAAAUUAUUUCAAGCAGUUCAUCAAAUAGCUACAAACCAGCUGUUGUACGUAAAAUUAGUCAAGGAAAAAAUGAAGGAAUUGUACCAUCAGGACCACUCAAAUCUAGACCAUCAGACAGAUCUUUUAUUAGAAAUUCAGCGACAACUUGUCGCCCAGCUUGGAGUAAUUACGUUCGCAGACAUCCAGACUUUAAUCUUGUACUAAAAGGCAGAACUGGAAUGACACAGGAUUAUGAUCCAUUUCUACUAGCUGAACGUCAAAUGAAUGAUUUAUUAUCAGACACAUGCAGUGAUGAUCAAUCAUUUCCUGAAUUUACAAAUUCCCAAAAUACCAAUACCAAUAAUGAUAAUAAUAAUAUUAAUUCCAAUUCAAAUUUAUCAGCCUUUGUUAAAUAUCCAAAUCAAAUAACAUUAAAUUCAAAUGAUAUAGAUAAACGUACAUCUUCAAUUGCACAACUACCACCAUCACCACCAUCACCACCAACACAACCAACAACAACAAAUUUUGAUGAAUUAUCAACUGGUUUUUCAUCAGAUUCAACUGAAACUAAUUCAAUAUCACGUGAAAUAUUAAAUGAUUUUGAGCUAACCAGACACAAAACAAUGAUUAAUAAUAAUAAUAAUAAUAAUAAUAAUUUACCAAUAUUGGGUAGAAAAAUGAUAAUUGAUAAAUCAAAAGCAUUGGGUAAAAUAAUAAUUGAUAAUAAUAGCAAUGACACUAUUGACAUUAUUAAUCUCACAAAAAAUAAUUUAAUAAUUGAUCGUAAUAAUAAAUCAGCAAAAUUAUCAAGAUCUCAUGUUAAUCGUUCAAAUUCAGUCAGGGCAUCAUCAGCACCAAAAAUACCAGAGAGAAAUAAUUCAAUAGUGUCAAGUGUCAAUAAGGCUAGCUCAAGAUCAAUAUCAUCAUCAUCAUCCUCAUCAUCAUCAUUAUCAUUAUCAACUUCAGAUUUUAAUAAAAAUAAUAAAAAUAAUUACCUUAAUAAUCUCAAUGGUAGUAAUUUGAGUUUAAGUUCAAUUGUAUCAUCUGAUGUUGUUGGUGGUGUUGGUAGUAUUGGUAAUGUUGGUAAUGUUAAAAGAUCAAAUUCAUUAUUUGAAGAUCUUGUUUGUUCAUUUGAGGAUAAUGUAUCUGGUUCAUAUAGUUCAUUAAGAUCAUUUUUAAAAACUGAUUCCUUAUCAUCCUCCAGUCCUGUCCAAUCCUCAAUACGUCCAAGAAAUGGACAAAUUAGUGAUGAAGAUUUAUCAUCACCUGAUAGCUACAACAAAAAAGAACAUGGAAAAAUUAGUCUUGAUUCAGCAUACAGCAGUUUAAAUCGAAAAAAUUACAAUUGUAAAUUGGAUGAAAAAAACAUCAAGGUGGGACAACAUCAAGAACAAGAUGACAUCAUGUCGAAAAUGUCAAAAUUUUGUCAUCAGUGUGGCACUAAAUUUCCUGAAACAGCAAAAUUUUGUUGUGAAUGUGGUAUACGUCGAUUGGCUAUUUAAAAUAACAAAUAUAACAUUAUUUUUUUUUUUUUUUUUUUUUGCAACUUUGAUUGUUGUAUAUUUUUUUGACUGAGGCAUUAGUUAUUAUUGGAUUUAUCCUGAUUGUUAUUUUUAUUUUUAAAUAUAUUUAUAAACUUUUGUUUUUUUUUUUAUUAUUAUUUUUCUUUUCGUUAUUA